UAACGUUACCAACGCAGCAACAGAGGUAACGUUAGCUAAUAGCGAAAUGGAGCUGAGAGUGGGGAAUCGAUACAGACUGGGCAGAAAAAUUGGAAGUGGAUCUUUCGGGGACAUCUAUUUAGGCACAGAUAUUUCAGUGGGUGAGGAGGUCGCAAUAAAGUUGGAGUGUGUGAAGACCAAACACCCCCAGCUCCACAUCGAGAGCAAGAUCUACAAGAUGAUGCAAGGAGGAGUGGGUAUUCCAACAAUAAAGUGGUGUGGAGCAGAAGGUGACUACAAUGUGAUGGUUAUGGAGCUGCUGGGGCCCAGCCUGGAAGAUCUCUUCAACUUUUGCUCUCGCAAGUUCAGCCUAAAGACGGUCCUGCUGCUUGCAGAUCAGAUGAUCAGCCGCAUUGAGUACAUUCACUCCAAGAACUUUAUCCACAGAGAUGUGAAGCCUGAUAACUUCCUGAUGGGACUCGGCAAAAAGGGCAACCUCGUCUACAUUAUUGACUUUGGUCUGGCUAAAAAAUAUCGUGACGCUCGCACACACCAGCACAUCCCCUACCGUGAGAACAAGAACCUGACGGGCACUGCACGCUACGCCUCAAUCAACACACAUCUGGGGAUUGAGCAGUCAAGGCGCGAUGACCUGGAGUCCUUGGGCUACGUUCUCAUGUAUUUUAAUCUGGGCUCGCUGCCUUGGCAAGGCCUUAAGGCUGCUACCAAGAGGCAGAAGUAUGAACGGAUCAGUGAGAAGAAAAUGUCCACGCCCAUUGAGGUGCUUUGCAAAGGAUACCCCUCGGAGUUUGCGACAUACCUGAAUUUUUGUCGCUCCCUGCGCUUCGAUGACAAGCCAGACUACUCAUAUCUACGCCAGCUCUUCAGGAACCUGUUCCACAGACAGGGUUUCUCUUAUGACUAUGUAUUUGACUGGAACAUGCUGAAAUUUGGAGCUAACCGUGCAGCAGAGGAAGCAGAGAGGGAACGCCGGGACCGGGAAGACAGGCUGAGGCACGGCAGGAACCCAGGGGCCAGAGGAAUACCUGCUGCAUCGGGACGACCACGAGGAACCCAGGACGGAGCCCCUCCCACCCCGCUAACACCCACCUCCCACACAGCGAAUACAUCCCCUCGACAAGUGUCUGGUAUGGAGCGUGAACGAAAGGUCAGUAUGCGACUGCACCGCAGCGCUCCUGUCAACGUGUCAUCCUCAGAUCUAACAGGACGGCAGGACACCUCCCGCAUGUCCACCUCACAGCAUUCCCUACGAGCAUCACGCCAAGUAGACGCUCGCCACGUACUUGUGUGACGGCAGCAACACUGGAUGGCGUCCAGUGUACCUCCUGCGGGUCUCCAUCUUCUAGCUCCUCGAUGAGCCCCACAAUGCAACCUGGCGGACCAAGCCCUGAAGCAAUCCGACAUGCUAAUACUACCACCACCACUAUUAAUUACCGCUACUACAGCUACCGUUGGAAGUCCUUUAUGACUGACUGCUCUCAGAACUGUUGCCUCCUUCAGAUUCUUCUUCUCUCUCCUGUUUUCUCAGUUACCAUUUCUUUGUGUUGGUCGGACCUCCUAAAACAUUAAAGGGUGUCGGGCGUGAGGGCAUUUUUCUGUCCACCUCUUCAGGAGACAUUUGCACAGUCCCGUCUCCCAACCACCAUCAGAUUCUGAAUAGGAGUGCUUUGUCGAGGGCAAACAUGGCAACCCAGCAGUCUUUUCUAGGACAGUCUGACUGAUGAAACACCACUAGCUCCUCUUUCCUCUGCGGAAACCACUCCACUGUCACUUUCUGUUUGGUCAUAUCUGAUCAAUAAAACCGCUUUUCUCUCGUUUGCAGUAAGAUGUAAAGCUGAACCAGCAGCUCUUCAUUGUGUGUGUAUAUAUCUAUGGGUAGCUUUUGGGGUGUGAUGCUUUUCAUUGGAAUUUGCAGUUUUUAUUCCCUGCACUCACCGCCACGUUUCCUUUUUACUAAUCACCACCACUGAUGGCUCUCUUCAAUAAAUUAAAUAAAAAGAAACUACUUCUUUGCAUGAUUAGAGGUGAGCCGUCAGUCAAGUGCGGAGGGUUGAGUGGUACCAAAAAUAUGCUUUGGUGUCUUAGGUGCAGGAGGUUGUGUAUUCACACAUUAGUUGUCAAGCUCUGGUGUCCUGUCCAAUGAGCCCUGUUACCUUCCUAGUGGUUUGUACAAAAGCAGCAUACUUUAUGUAUGGGUGCAAGGUCAUCAUCAGACAUUUUACCAGAUGUCCGUUCACUGUGGACAGAAACAUUCUCAUUUUCUUAUUUGUAUUAAUUUGAAGCUGUGAAUUACUUGUAAUAUUGGUGUGUAAAUGUAAAUGUGUCACUUUGUAUUCACAGACGUGUAGGGAUGGGUCUGAACAUGACUUGACAUGAAGUUUGGACUGCCAUAAGUGUCCCAUCAGUCUGCCCCCUUCAGAGCCAUGGAGGUAUUACAGAAAGCAGUGAUGAGGGCAGACAUGUUGCACUAAAUGUGAAAGACGUUUUGAAUGACGUGCUUUCCUGUCACAGCUACUGCUCAGUAUAAGCGACUCAGUGAUCCUGCACCAAUGUUGCAAACUGCAAUUUUGUAAUGGCACAGAAAAUGCAUUCUUUAUGAAUCCUCUUACAUAAAACUUUAUUGAAAUGAUUCUUUGGUGGGAGGGAAGUUGAGCAUCAUCUGUUCACAAGCUUCUCCAGCAGCACUGUUUUGGGGUUGUUAUAUUUAAGUCUUUGCUGUGAUGAAUAACAAAGUCUGUCAGAAUGAAAUGGCCUAUUGUAAUUCGUUCUUGCUGCUUCGUAUUCUGUAGUUUUUGAUUUUGACCCAUGACCUCUUUGGUCAGCUUCUCUAAACCUAUUAGAUUAUGUGAGCAACCAGAUCAGCAAGAUUUACUUUUUGACAUUUAUAUUUGCCACUGUAGUUGUGUACUUUAACUGUAAAUAAAUAAAUUACUUGUACUUUUUUGUGUCAUUA